ACUUGUUAGCAUCCAUACUAGCAAAGCUGUAGCUCCAGACAACAAUGGAGGACAUUGCACCGUAAACAUUUGAAUGGUCUUUACAAAUAAUUGUACAUUUUUUAUAUCUAAACCAGUAGUUUAAUGUAACGGCUCCAUUUGCUCCAGACGGAGUCACUGUUACACAGAGAUUGAGAACGUAAAGGUACUUUUAUUGCGCAUGUCUUGUCUAUUGUCGUUUCUCAUCGAAGAGGCGAAAAACACUGCCAGGAAGACACCUUGUUAAAUCAAGGGGACAAUAUAUAUGCUAUAGGAAUGUAUAACACUGGAUAUAUUUAAUUACUAAGGACAAACUGGUCAUAAUUAACAUGAACUUGGAUUUAAAGAAAUCUUUCACUAUGACAGUCGGAGGACAAAGGAUCAAAUGGUGGAUGGUUUUGUGGUUCUCUUUGAUACUUUGCCUGGAUGUGUUAGUUUAUGCUCAAAUUAAAUAUUCUAUUCCAGAGGAGCAGAAAGAAGGAUACGUUGUGAUGUUCAAUGAUAUCUCUCAUUUUAGAAACCAUAAAUAUAGCCCAUUUCACCAUUUAAUGAGAGUUACUGGCGAGAAUCAUGCUGAUGAGCUAAGGAGUUAUUCAUUUCUCCCUAAUCAGCAAACUUGAAUGAUUUGGGUUUUUGUUUCCCCAUAAUACAUCAGGUUAAAUUUGUAGAAGUAGGUGUGACGUAUUGCCUGUUUGCUCAGAAUAAUAUCUGGUAGAGAUAAUCUGGUUAAGAUAAUUUAAUUGAGAUUUAUUGGAGUUAGAAAGGAAUUAUGAAACGUUUAUCAUGUAAUUGUUUAAAUUACAUUUUGUUGUAUAUAAAGAUACUGUAUGUUCUCAUUAAUAGACAUGGUAGGAAUGCCUGUUGGAAUUCUAAAAUCUAUCAGUCUUUAUAUUAUAAUUAUAUUAUGCUAUAAAGAUAAUAAGCAUAAUUGUAGAAAAUUAUUUUAUCUUAAACGGUGGCGAAGGGGGCUUGAACUGGUUUCCAAGAAUGGUACAUAUAGUGCGCCGUCCAUGGUGCUGAAACCAGUCACUUUUAGAUGCAGGUUCUCUGUCUUGAGAAUUAUGCGCAAUAUUCAUUGCCUACAUAAAACUAUAUAUAUAUUUUUUAGAAACUUUUACACGAUAUAAUAAGCACACAACCUUAAAGUUUAUUUUCUGUGUUGGCAUUGUUUGCCAAUGUGAAGUCCUGCUAAAUAGAAAUUGUAUAAUUACUAAUCUAAUAUGACUCAGUAUUGCUUUUCUCUGAAAACCUCCAUUAAACUUUGAUUUAUAAGUGUGUAUAAACAAUUCAGUGGGCUACGUUAAAGAACGUAACUCUGUUUAUGCUUACUAUGUCACUUGUACAGAACCUAUUAAAAUACAUUCUAUUACAUGCCUUAUCAAUGUAUCUGUCAAAAAUUAAAUAUAUUUGCCUUUAAAUUAUUCCCGGAACACCAGUCUUGUUGUCAAAACCGGUAAUUCAUGAAAGAUUUGUGAUUGGUAGGUCACUAUAAAUUACCAAAAUUUGAGUAUAUGAGAGAAAACCUUAAAAGUCCGUGUAUGAUUAGUAAUGUUGGUUUCCUGUAAAAGGUACAGUUAUGGGAAAGAUUUAGACAAUAGAUAGGCCAUACAAUUGCAAAAGUGUAUCUUUUCGGGAGGUAAUCUGUAUUAUUAUUUUCAUGUUUACACCAGAUGAUGUCAGUGUUACAUUGCAAAGGAGAAUAAAUGUUUUGCCCUGCCCACUCUUGUACGUUGUACAUGGCCUGUCUUGUUUAGAAGAGGCUCGCUUUACGAGCACAAGAGAAAACACGCCAUAUGUCAAAAAUAAUAUUUUUGCUAUGAUAUAAGGUAUAAUCCACAAAAGGAUUGUAGAUUUGGUAAUUAAACAAAGCGGACAAAGAGCAGUACACGAGACUUCACGAUGGGAGAUGGAGUACAAAGGCGGAUAUGGACUUAUCUGUGGAUUGCCUCUUUGUUGAUUUGCUUCGCGGACGGGUCUGCGGCCCAGAUAAGGUAUUCUGUUCCAGAGGAGGUGAAAGAGGGAACCAUUGUAGGAAAUCUUGCCAAGGAUUUGGGACUUGAUGUGAGUUCUUUGGUGAACAGACGGCUCCGUAUAGUAUCCGGACCAAAACAAGCAUUUUUUGGAGCUAAUCAGGACAAUGGCGUGUUGUACGUUCAAAGGAAAAUCGACAGGGAGGAGGUAUGUGAGGACUCUAACGCCUGCUUGAUAAAUGUGAAGAUUGCUGUUGAAAAUCCUUUAGAAAUCCACCAUGUUGUAGUCGAAAUAACAGAUAUCAACGACAACGUCCCCAGUUUUUCUCAAACGCAUCAGUAUUUUGAGAUAGCUGAGCAUACUCCCAUAGGAACAAGCUUCCAGUUGCACGCAGCACGUGACGAGGACACAGCGUCGAAUUCGGUUCGCAAUUAUAAAUUAAGCCAGAAUGAUAACUUUGAAAUCGAUAUAAAAAAUAGUGAAGGAGAUAAAAUUCCAUUCUUAGUAAUACGGAAACCACUUGAUCGUGAACAAACAGAGGAUUAUAUGUUAGUUGUUACAGCGGAGGAUGGGGGAAAUCCCCCGAAAAUAGGUACCCUGAACAUUAACGUUAAAGUACUUGACAUAAAUGACAAUCGUCCGGUGUUCAGUCAAAAUAUAUAUUCUGUAACAUUACAGGAAAAUUCACCAGUUGGCACAGUUGUGAUUACAGUAAAUGCAACUGACAGUGACCAGGGCUCCAACGGCGAUAUUGAAUACGCAUUCGUCAAAACAAUGAAGCGCAAAGUCUAUGACAUUUUUCAAAUAGAUGGCAUUACAGGAGAAAUUCGAGUUAAAGGUGAAGUUGAUUUUGAAGACAUGGAGGUUUACAAGUUGGAUAUACAGGCUUCGGAUAAAGGGCAGCCUCCUCUCACAGUGGACAGCAGAGUAAUCAUUAAGAUUUUAGAUAUGAAUGAUAAUAAACCAGAAAUCGAAGUGACGUCGCUUUUAAGUGUUGUUGAAGAAGACGCCAGUUCUGGCACAGUUAUAUCUUUUAUCAGCGUCUCUGACAAAGACUCCGGACUUAACGGAAAGGUCGUGUGCAGUCUAGCAGGUAGUGUUCCUUUUGAACUCAAACCAUCCAUUCAAGAAAAUAUGUAUUCAUUAGUAACAAAACAAAAAUUAGAUCGAGAAAUGAUAGCAAGUUAUAAUAUUAUUAUAACAGCCACGGAUUUAGGCCAGCCUCCUUUGUUCACUAUUAAAACUUUACCCGUGCAGGUAUCAGAUGUAAAUGAUAACAGACCGCAGUUUUAUCAAAACUCUUUUGAACUAUACUUGCUGGAAAAUAAUACCCCUGGUGCAUCAGUUUUUCAAGUGAAUGCCUUUGACGAUGAUUCUGAGGAAAACGCAGGGCUGUCAUAUCACAUUAUCAGAAAUGGUGAAGCACAAAAUGAUAUGAAAUCAUUCCUAAAUAUAAAUUCUGAGAAUGGAGUUAUUUACGCGUUAAAAAGUUUUGAUUUUGAAACGACAAAAAGGUUUCAGUUUCACGUGCUCGCUACAGAUUCUGGAACUCCGGCGCUAAGUAGCAAUGUCACAGUAAACGUGUUCAUUCUGGAUCAGAACGACAAUGUUCCAGUGAUCUUAUAUCCAGUCAGCGCUAACGGAUCUGCUGAAGGUGUGGAAGAGAUUCCCCGAAAUGUCAACGCAGGACAUUUGGUGACCAAAGUGAGAGCUUUUGACGCGGAUAUAGGAUACAACGGCUGGUUAUUAUUUUCACUGCAGGAAGUGAGUGACCACAGUCUCUUUGUUUUGGACCGCUAUACAGGACAGAUAAGGACCCUUCGAGCUUUCACAGAAACAGACGAAGCUGAACAUAAACUGGUUAUACUGGUCAAAGACAAUGGAAAUAUUUCACUUUCAGCAACAGCGACUGUGAUUAUCAAACUUGUGGAACCCAAAGAAUCUUUUGCCGCUUCAGAUGUUAAAAACGCAGUAAAAGAAGAGGGAGAAAAUAGCAUUACAUUUUAUUUGAUAAUUACUUUGGGUUCUGUUUCAUUUCUUUUCAUGAUCAGUAUUAUUGUGCUGAUUUUAAUGCAGUGCUCCAAAUCUACAGACUAUUCAUCCAAGUAUUUACAAAAUACAAAUUACGACGGGACACUGUGCCACAGCAUCCAGUACAGAUCCGGAGAUAAACGCUAUAUGUUAGUUGGAUCCAGGGCAAGUAUUGGUUCUACUCUAGUACCAGGCAGCAACGCGAAUACCCUAGUGGUACACGAUCGCAGGAGGAGAACUUCUGUUGAGGUAUGGCCGUUUCAAACAUUAAUAUUU